AUGCUGGAGCUCAGCAAGCUUGUGGACUGCACUGUUCGCGUGAAGUGCAUUGGGGGUCGUGAGAUAAAGGGUAUUUUGCGGGGUUAUGACGAUUUGGUGAACCUGGUACUCGACGAGAGCGAGGAGUUUUUAAGAGAUCACGAAAAUCAAGAUCGCGUUACGAAAAGGUCAAGAAAACUGGGCUUGUGCGUUGUCAGAGGAACACAGGUGUCUCUGAUUUCACCAGAGGAUGGCGUUGAGGAGAUUGCAAACCCGUUCGUUGCACACGAGGAUGCCGAGUAG